AUGUCCGACUUGUGGUCUGCUCUUGUUUCUGCCAUUGACUCCGACUUCGACGCCAUGCCUGCCGUCCUACAAUCCACUAUUCACCUUUUGGAGACGGAGCUCGUAAAAGCCCGUGCCGCCCUCCAAGAGAUCCAACCCCAUACGCCGAUCUUGCGUAUCGGAGAUGAAGUCGCCGUCGGCGCUAUGAUCGCCUAUCGCCAAAAUCUCGUCAGCCGCGCCCCCGAUUUCUAUGGCUCUCGUCGCCUUACUGCAAAAGAACUGGGCCUUGAACCCGUCGUGCCUGAAAUUCCUCAGAAAAUCACUACAGAUGUAAUCUCUAUGCCAGAGCCCGCACCUCCACGUCGAGCGCCUAUCGAAGAGGCCCUAACUAAUAGCCUGAUCCUGGAUCAUGUCGCGCCUUAUCUUGCAGCCCCAUCCUUGCUAGCGCUGGCAUCGACAUCGCGACUCAUGUACAGCAUGAUUACACAAACUCCCUAUAUUUUCCGCCACCUUGAUUUGACUCGCUGCCGAGGCGCUCAGCUUCCCAAAAAGUCGCAGCGCCAGGAUGAACUGCAGACAGAAGACGAAGUAUAUUCUGCCCCACUGCGACGCAUUUUCGCUAGCCUCGAGAAGAGAUCAGUGCUGCAGGAUGUGCGCACCCUGGUCUUGGAUGGCCUACCAGUUCCUGCCGAUCUAGUCGCCGAUAUUAUCCUAACAGAUCGAUUUAAUAUCAGCAUUCUCUCGAUCCGCGAGUGUCUCCACCUCAAUGAGCGAAAGCUCAUGCAGGUCAUUCAACAUGCCGUUCGACCCACACGACCAGAGGGUACUCCCCGGAUCAAGGGUAUCUAUCACUUUUCCCCCAGAACCAAGGCACCGAAGGGUGUAGUGCGACGCCGGUAUCGCGACUGGUGGGGCUCUCGCAUUGGCUCCCGGAGCCCGAGUCAGAGCUCGAGCUCUAGCUCAUCGAGCGCUUCGUCAGAUGACGAGGAAGAGAUCCCCAAAACACCCGCAGAGCAAAAUGAAUGGUAUAGCUCCUCGGGGAGAUUGUUCAAACAUACUCUGGAUGAUGGCUGGGCACAAACCUUGCAGAAAUGUGAGGGUAUCAUUGCAUUUGAUGCGGUGCUUUGUCGUGGACCGCGUCACGAUGUCAAUCUGUAUUCUGUGGACGAAGGCAAGUUGGCUCCAGAAGCUCCUCUUCUGGGACCAGCGGUGGCAACCGUGGCACUCGGACCACGGGGCUGCGAUGGAUGUCAUAGCUCUCCGGAGGGACCAGCGAUCUGGGGCCAAUCCCCGGAUCUACAGUUCCCACUGCUGAACCCAAUGCCAUUACACGUGUCCAAUGUCGCCGCAGCGAAGCGCCCUGAACAGAUUCCAGGACAACACCCAUGUCUGAUUAACUCUGUACCAGGAGUGAGCAAGGAUUGCUGGGAGUGUGGGCCGACCAUUGCCAGCAUACCUGCCAGAGCUGCCAGGGUGACUACUGCAUUGAUCACAACGAAGGGUGUUCCGCCACGAUGUGUGAUUGGUGCAAUACCAGUAGUCGCCACCCGAACACCUCGUCUACGUGGAGAUAAGAUCACCCUCCCCCAAUCCGCCCUCGAACAGCUUCUUGCCGCUGCGCCCCUCCAAGCUGUCCCGCCGAACCCUCGUGUGCACACCACUUCCUUUGAUCCCUUCAACCCACACACAUUCGCUGCAGAAUCCCGAGCCCGUCAACAAAUCGAGAAUCGCCAGCACCAGCUUCCCCACCCGCUCACUUUUCGCGUCGUAAAUCCCCAGAAUGGUCGUUUCGUCUACGCGGGGAUCCGAGAGUUCUCCGCUGCGGAGAACGAAGUCGCACUGAGCGCUUUGCUCCGAGAGUCACUUGGGAUUCAAGACACCGAAUUUGAGUUGGAAACCAACGGUGCGACACAGGAUACAGAUGGGACAGAAAUACAGGAUCAACCAUCAAGUCCAACGGUGACUGUGCAUGCGAAGCAACUGCCCAAAGGCACUUAUGUGCGACUUCGCCCGCUUGAGGCUGGCUAUGACCCCGAGGAUUGGAAGGCUUUACUGGAGCGACAUUUACGGGACAACUUCACAACUCUGACCGUCAACGAGAUACUCAACGUCCCCGGGACGCGCAAUGAGGCUUUCCGCUUUCUGGUCGAUAAGGUGUAUCCGGAGGGCGAUGGGAUUUGUGUCGUAGACACAGACCUGGAGGUUGACAUUGUUGCGCUGACGGAGGAACAAGCCCGGGAAACUCUACAGAAACGAUUGGAACGGGCAGCGCGGGCACCAGGUACAACAAGCGGCAGCUCAGUUGGCGGUGUUCUCGCCGUCGGAGAGAAUGUAACGGCCCAGGUCUUGCCGGGGGAAUACGUUGAUUAUGAGCUUCGAGAAUGGAAUCGGGAGGACACGCUCGACGUGGAACUCAUUACAGAGGAUCCGAACCUCUGCCUUUUUGUCAGUCCUCUUGGUGCACGUCAACAAAGCCGUCCUCGGGCGGACAUGCAUGUUUGGGGAGAUUUCUCGAGCCAGUCUCCCAAGCGAGUGAAGAUCCGGUCUACAAAUGUGGCUCUUGAGGGAGCAGAUGCUCUCUACAUCUCAGCCCAUGUCAAUCCCAUCACAUCAGGCCCCGAGGAUGCUGCACCUACGCAGCAGUCUCCGGCGCAAUAUCACCUACGAAUAACCACCAAUACACUAGAGGGAGAGGAGGAGACAGAAGAGAUCCACGAGGAUGGGGACGUGCAGUGUCAGAAUUGUCGACAAUGGGUGCCGCAGCGGACAUUGGUUCUUCAUGAGAAUUUCUGUCUCCGAAAUAAUGUCCUCUGUCCUCAAUGCAACAAUGUUUUCCAAAAACGGUCGCCAGAGUGGGAGAACCAUUGGCAUUGCUCCCAUGACUCGGCCCAUGGAAAUGAUGCCUCCAGCAAGCUCAGCCACGACUCCAUCUUCCACAGCGCCUACAGCUGCCCUGAUUGUGCCGCUCAAUUCGAAGGCCUUCCUUCACUGGCACAGCAUCGCACAACCGAAUGUCCAGGCAAAUUAAUCCUAUGUCAAUUCUGCCAUCUACUCGUCCCACAAAAAGGCGAGGCAGACCCCGAUCUCAACGACCCAGAAGUCAUGCUCUCCGGCUUAACACCACACGAGCUAUCAGACGGCGGCCGCACAACAGAAUGCCAUCUAUGUAAUAAAAUCAUCCGACUUCGCGAUAUGAACACGCAUCUCAGACACCAUGAACUAGAGCGUGUUUCACGUCCCGCUCCCCGUAUCUGUCUGAACCAAAAUUGUGGUCGUACACUCGGCAACGCAAGCAACGCGUCCCUUGGUCUAUGUAGUAUAUGCUACGGACCACUGUAUGUUGAUACAUAUGACCCAGAAGGCAAAGCGCUCCGCCGCCGUAUUGAACGCCGCUAUCUAUCCCAAAUGAUGACCGGUUGCGGCAAACCAUGGUGUCAGAACGAGUACUGCAAGACUGGAAAACAGAACAGCAAAUCUGCAGAUGGUUCACCUGCGCCCAUGGGCGUGGCUGAUAUUAUGAAGGUUACGCGCCCGCUUGUGGAUGCUAUCAAUUUCAACCCUGAAGUACCCAAUACAUCGCCAAUGUACUUCUGUACCGAUGAGACGGGACAGAUUCGUCGUAACUUGGCGGAGAUGCUCUCUGCUGAGGGAUCUGCUGAUGGCAAGGUCUAUGCCCUUGCAUGGUGUGUUGCUGGUGCUGAGGCGGCGGGUGGUGAUCUGGAAAAAACCAGAGAGUGGCUAGCGAAAUGGGCACCGACGCAAAGUGAAUUAAGUAGGUAA